GUACCUGGACAGCCAUUUGAGUUGGAGACAAGAGGUGGCAUAACACCAAAAGAAGGAUCCCGUGCUAUAUUCAAACGACCAUAUUAUGAAUCAUUGAGAAAUGUUACUCUCCCAUCUCAUGUCAGCUUUCUACUCUUUGGUCAGCCGGCCAAGUUUGACCUGCCCAUUGAGCCCAGCGACCUCCCAGACACAAUAACAGACAUUACACUAAGUGAUGAUUUCAAUCAACCCCUGAAGCCUGGCUCAAUCCCGAUCACCGCAACCUCACUCUGGCUGGGAAAAUCAUACAACCAACCAAUUGGUCAUGGGAUCAUCCCACCAUCAAUGACAAGUCUGUGGCUAGGUGAGAGAUUUGAUCAGUUGCUCAUACCUGGCGCACUACCAAUGUCACUCAGAAUGAUCUACACUGGCGGGCUCAAGAGACAACUACUUCCCGGGUCACUGCCAUCAUCACUCACAACUCUAUUGUUUGGACAUUUCAAUCAUCCACUACUGCCAAACACGUUACCGACCUCAUUGACAAAGUUGAAGGUGGACUAUUAUUUUGAUCAAGACAUCAAGAUGGGGGCACUUCCGACCAGACUACGGCAUCUAAAGUUCGGUCAAAGCUUCAACGUUCAGCUUAAGCCAGGUAUCCUCCCCAACUCACUAAUCAAACUAAAGUUUGGCACUCGAUUCGAUCAGCCACUGACGCCUGGAGUACUCCCCAACUCACUCCUUCGACUCGAUCUGGGAACUCACUUUGUCCAGCAGUUGGAGAUAGGGUCGUUGCCCUCAUCACUUCAAUCACUGACACUCAGUCGUGAUUACUAUCAUGCUCUGACACCAUUGUUACUGCCAUCAUCUCUGACACAUCUGGCCUUGGGCACAUUAUACCCUCAUCCAUUGACCAGCGACGUGUUGCCAGCGUCAUUGACAUCGCUCCAUUUUAAUGAGGUGUAUAAUCUGUACGCCAAGACUACGCCUGACACAUUCAAACAUUGUCGUAUCAAUCAUGUUACAUUUGAUACACAGUUUAAUGCUGAUGAUUCAGACAAGAUGCACCUUCCAAAGAACUCACAAUUCAAUGGUACAGUUAGGACAUUGUUUGUUGACAAUCAAUAUGGCUCACAACCUCUGAAUAUCAUUAUAAUCAAACAUUUCAUCAGUUGUUCAUUUGAUGAACAUAUUAGCAACAUGAAUCUUGAGAAUAUUAUGAUACGACGGAUUGAUUCCACUCACUUCUUGGUCAAAUAUCUCUCAUCAAGAUUAUUCAUUAUCAAGAAUGACCUGUCC